UCCCACUUCAAAAUCAAAAUUUAAAUUAUAUAUUAUACUAAAUGGUGUGGUGCCUAUAUCAUAAUGGCAACAAGCGAAAUAACAAAUUUUUCUCAUUAUUGGCUUUAUCAUCAAUAUCACUUAUUUGGGUUAUUUGCACACUAAAAUAUUUUCCAUACAGGAAAUUUGGCUACUCUGCUCAAGAAGAAAUUGAGUAUUCGUUUCUCAAAAACAUUCGAAGUUUCGGUAACAAUGACACCAAAAUAAUAUUGUUAUACACUGAAAUAUACUACCAAGAUUGGAACCUGCCUUCCGGCUAUAGGUUAUUCGAUCGAUGUCCUAACAUACAUUGCUUUCUAACCCGCUCCAAAAAAGUCCUGAGUUUCGCUGACCUUGUCGUGUUCCAUGCAAGGGAAAACACGAUUUACCCCUCAGUUGCUCUCAAACCGUCUUAUCAAAAAUGGUUGUUUUAUAUGAUGGAAUCACCUCACUAUACCUUCAACGAUUACAAGAAUCUGAAAGGGCUGUUUGAUUGGACUAGCACAUACACCUCCGAUUCUGAUAUAUUAUCGCCAUAUGGAGCUUACCUACCUUACUCGCCUCUUCUAUCAAAUGUAUCUAAUUACUCCUCAAGACUCGAAAAACAAUUUUCACCCCCCGCAGAUGAUAAUUCGGUCCUGAAAUGCCUGAUUGCCAGAAAAUCCCGGAUGGCUUUAUGGAUGGUUCAUCACUGUAUCACUUCUAGCUCUAGUUCUAGAGAAACGUUGGCUCUGAAAUUAUCAUUCUACUUUCCUAUCGACGUCAUAGGCGGUUGUAAAAAUGAUAUGACCCACUUGAUGUCACAUCUCGACCAAAAAAAUAGAUCCAAGUUUAGGUUUAUUCAGGAUACCGUUGAAUAUUUUAAUGAUAGCGAAUGUUUUCAUGGCAACAAAAUUGAAACAGAACAUUAUGAAGGGAUUGACCUGAAGGGGGAAAAAUGGCACCGUAAAACUAACAAAGCUAAAUGGUCUUGUGACUUCGACCUCAAUCACUUAGCCUCGACUACCUGCUUGAAGCGUCUAGGAAGUGUUUACAAAUUUUACCUGGCCUUCGAAAACAGUCUUUGCAAAGAAUAUAUAACUGAAAAAUUUUGGUACAACGCCCUAACCAUGAAUAUGGUGCCGAUUGUGUUCGGUGCUCCAAAAUCUGACUAUCUCAAGGUGGCGCCCCCGCACUCAUUCAUUCACUUAGACGAUUUUGGUGGGAAUGUAGAAGCUUUAGCCAAAUAUAUAAUAUUUCUUGAUUCCAAUGACACAGAAUACGCCAAAUAUUUUGAAUACAAAUCAUACGGCAAGAUAGAAAAUUAUAUUCUAGUCAGACCGACACCUUCUAAUCCUAUGUGGUGUACCAUGUGUUCGAAACUUCAUUCUACAUCUCGUCAUCUCAAGUCAAAUAACACCUUGCUAGAUUCACCGUUAUCACCCUUGAAAGACAAUAAGAAUGCAACCUGGAGUCAAUUGGGACUGAAUGUCUGGUGGCAGGUGUCUAACAUGUGUACGGGUGUUAAAAUAUUUGCUUAAUUUUAAAAACAAAUUUGUAAGCCAAUUGUUGCGAUUCGAAAUGAUUUUAUCGGCUGCUAUAUGGUUUCAAAAAUCCAGUCAUUUUUUAUUUGAUAUGAUAUGACAAAAAUUUUUUUUUGGUGUCCUAAGUCAAAACCAAGCACACAAUUUUGAAAAAUAAAACAAAUAUAGAUAAUCAUUAAGCGUCAUCUAGUAAAUUAAUCUUGCUAUAUAUAUUUUGUCUUCCAAUAAUUAUUCAAAAGCUUCAUAUAGCUUCCCUGUAUUAUUAUAUAUAACUUAAAAAUGCAUGAGUCUCAAAAUUUACUAUGUAUUUUUUUUACAUACUUUCCUUUUUUUUCCAAAAUCUCGUUAUAUACUAAUAUAAUAAAUUUUACAAUUUACGUGAUUAUCUUCAGAAUGUAAUUUUUUUAAAAAAAUUUAAUCAAUUUAUCAAAUUUAUCUCAAAAUUUAAUAUUAUCCUUGUGAUUUAUAAAAAAAAUUUGUGAUAAACUAAUUAGUUUUAAUAUUUAAAAAAAGAGCUUCCAUUAAAAUUAUGAAUUUUUUUAAGAUCGUUUUUAUAUUUUGGGAAAUCGCAAUAUAAUUAUAUAGUAUAUGCAAAGUGUAAUUAAUAAAGAUUUGCAUCUCA